AAAUGAGGAAGGUGAAGAGGGAAUAUUCAACAACAACAAGCACGGUGCACAGCAAGACAGGUUGCCCCUCCUUCGACCCACCAUGCUCCAGCACGCUCUACUGUCUGUUGGCUGCAAAGCCUGGCGCGCGCUCUCCUGCCCGAUAUCUGAGCUCCGGCUGGACCUCACUCUUGGAUGUGGACAAACGUUUCGGUGGCGUGAAACAGGGGAUGGCCAUUGGACAGGAGUGAUGGGUGGCCGAGUAUGGACCCUUACCCAGACAGAUGACACCCUCUGGUACUAUGUGUACACCAACCAAAACAACCGUGGCACAGGGAGUGUGCCGGAAAUGAGCUCAGGUGCUGAGUCUACAGAGUCUGCACUGGACAAGAGGCUAAAGGGUGUCCGUGUGAAGCAGGAGGGUGAGGAGGGACUAAAGGUGACCUCAGCGCACGAUUCCACUGAACAGGAGCUCCUGAAAGAUUACUUUCAGCUCAAUAUUCAGUUGGAGAAUCUGUACAAAGACUGGGGUGCCUGUGAUGACCACUUCAGGCAAAUAGCCAGCAUUUUCACAGGAGUGCGUAUGCUGAAACAGGACCCCGUGGAGUGUCUCUUCUCGUUCAUCUGCAGCUCCAACAACCAUAUCUCACGCAUCCAGGGCAUGGUUGAGCGUCUCUGUCACACACUAGGACCUCGCCUGCUCACAAUUGAGGACACGCACUAUCAUGAUUUCCCUACGCUACAAGCCCUUGCAGGUAAUGAUGUUGAGGCAUGCUUGCGUGACCUGGGCUUUGGCUACCGCGCUCGUUUCCUGCAGCAGAGCGCUCGGCUCAUCCUGGACAAGCACAGCCCUGAUUGGCUACAUCAGCUCCGCAGCGCCCCCUAUGAAGAGGCACGGGAAGCGCUGCGUACUUUGCCUGGUGUCGGAGUCAAGGUGGCCGACUGUGCGUGUCUGAUGUCUCUGGAUAAGCUAGAUGCUGUUCCUGUCGAUACACAUGUGUGGCAAAUUGCCAAGCGAGAUUAUGGCUGCAGUUCUGGCAAUGGCCAGAAGACGCUCACAGACAAAGUGCACCGAGAGAUUGGAGAUUUCUUCAGACAGCUCUGGGGUCCUUAUGCAGGAUGGGCACACUCUGUCCUGUUCUGCGCUGACCUGAAGAAGUUCCAGAAGCUGAAGGAGCAGGCUGCAGGCGUGAAGACCGAGUCGGUGAAAUCAGAGGGCGACCAGAAGGGGAAGAGCGGCUCUAAGAAACAGAAAGACAGAUUGUCGGAGAGGAACAACGUCAAGGGGAAAACUGCGAAGAAGAUCAAGUUGGAGAAACCACUCGGCAGGAACCGAACUGUCAAGGAAGAAGGGGAGUAAAAUCUGAAUCAGAGGCUGAGAGAACUGAAAAUAAGACAUUUCUCCUGCUUGAUGUCAGGAGUACAGCUGUCAGCUCUCCAACAACAGCAACCCAGCAAUAUAUAAGUGAACAUGGCAGUGUUGUUGAGUUUGACAGUCAUGGUCUGUGUGGUUGUAGUGCCAUAGGGUCAAACGGUACAGUAAGCCUCCACUCAGGUGGAACUCAAGCUGCUAGAGCAACGGUGAAUGGAACGGCUGAAAGAUCGUCCUUCGUAUUUAAGAGAAUACUGUACUGUUCAGUAGAACUUAUGGAAUGUACAUCUAAUUUGAACUCUGAAAGGAUGGCUGAGUCCUUCAAAGGGCACAGAGAGCUUUUUGAUCUCAAGUUAAGGAAUUAUUUGUAAAAUAAGAUGCAGAGCUCAGUUUAUAAACCUUGUGGAGGAAUGAUGGGGGCUAGUAAACAGUUAUUGGGCCUCUUCUACAGGAAACACCUGAUAUAGCUGGAGGUGCAAGCUUAUGAGAUUGUGAAGUACAAAAUCCAUCCAACAGUUUUAGGACAUUUGAGUUGCUCGGCUACUCACAUGUCUAAUCCGAUGGUGGAACAGUGACAUAUUUGCUAUCAAGGAUAUUUUUCUUCACUGUGUCCUUCACCAUAUUUGCUAUUUGUUUCUAUGUGUUAUAGAAGUCGGAUCACAUCCUGUCUUAUCUGAGUAGCACGGCAGGUGAACGUGUGAGUUGUUUGAAUUAAAUGGAUGCCAGUAUGAAUUAACGAGGGAGUAAUGUGAUAAAGGAGGCUGAGGCAGGAAAUGUCAUGCAGGCUGCAGGCAUUAACUGGCCUCUUUGGAUUUGGACUACCCAGGUGUGUCUGACGCAGUGCAUUGCAUUCCAGUGAACAGGAAAUCUGUUUAAGGUUAGCCGCAUACCUCCCUGUCCUCACCAGCGGAGCCAUUCCACCUCUCAGGACUGUGUCCUCAAACACCCACUGUACAGAAUAAUAUCCACAAAACCACUUACGACACUGUCAAUGCGUUAGAUACCAGUUAUUCUCAUAUUCAACUUUGCUGCCAUUUAAUGACCAAAAGGUGGCGCUCAAGAUAAAUUAUUUUGUUCCCCCUAUUUUGGUAAACAGUCCCUGCUAGUCACAUUUCACAUACUAUUUGUUAAGCUCAUGAGCUUUAAGCUACCCUGUUUCAAUAUAGAUAAAAUCUCAUGUCAUGUCACUGUAAUUGUCACAUAUAAGAAGUCAGCUAUUAAAAAAUGUG